GUCAAUGAAAUCUCUGACUGAAAGUCCGACUCAUAUUCCAUCCUUUAAUAAGAGAACUACCGGUCGCUGUUGUACAGUGACGUAUUAUUAUCGUGGCGUGUCAAUUGAACCUGACACGGCGAGUCGGGUUGAGAUUGAAAACGGAAAUUAUAAGAGAAACGAUAAGAGGAACAUUUAAUACGUCCUCAUAAUUAAAAUUAUAGAAUGGUAUAAAACGACGGUAAUACUUUUGUCAGAUUAAUGGAUACCGCGGAUCGUCUCGUUGUUUAGAUCUCUCGCCAUGUCAAACUGGACGAUUUUACUGGCGAUCAUUGCCGUGACAAACGGGCAACCUGGCGUCGCGAGCCUCGUUAGGAAGAAUCAGGCCGAUACGAAACAGUCGGACGCGCAGAAUGUAUUGCACAAGAGCGAUACCAUCAUCGAGAAUAAAAAUGUGAAUAUCUUGGUAAACGUCGACGCCAAGGCCAUAGCUGAGGAAUUGUGGAAGGUCAUCGAGGCUCAUUUGAAAUUGAAACCAAAUCGACGCUCCUUUGACUCCCAAGUGAAAUUGAGAGAAUUGGAGAAUAUCGUUUCGAGUAUAUUGACUCCGAGUAGAAGAGGAUCUCAUGGUCCAUCCCCAUUUGAGAUUGCUCAUCAGCUGGACCACGUGGCGCGAAGUGCCAUCUCGAACGAUGGGUUACGUGAAAAUUCCCUAGAUACAGAAAUUGUGUUUAGGAAUAUCGUGUCGGAGAUGCUGGAGGACCUGAAGGGCAUUAUGGGUAAUGAGGAAACGUCCGAUAGGGAGAAAUCGUUUGACGAUUCGUCGAAUGAGCACAGAAGAGGACUGUCCGUGUCUAAAAAUAAUAAUGAAUUUGUUGAUCUGAAAAUGCGAAUACUGAAGGAGGAUUUGGCCAAGGCUGUUAAAACGUCUUUGGAUAGGAGUGAAUAAAAAAAAUAAAUCUGUCAUGUGAAUUUUGAGAAAAUACAAAUUUUCAGAUUUA